AUGUAUUCAACUGGAUCUUCUUCUUCAAUCUACGUUGCCAUAAGUGAUUUCAACAGAGACGAUCGUUUAGAUAUUUUCGUCAUCAAUAAUGACACGAGCAGCAUAGAUAUCUUGCUUGGAUAUGACGAGGGCUUUCCAAUUCAAACUAAAUAUCCAACUGGUUCUUUUCCAACCUCUGUAGCUGUCGGUGACUUUAAUAACGACACCGUAUUGGAUAUUGUCGUUACCAAUUAUAAUGAAAACACUGUAAGUAUACUUCUCGGAUAUAGCAAUGGAUCUUUUGCAGAACAAGUAAAAUAUUCCACUGGCACUAGACCAUAUUGUGUAGCUGUUGGUGAUUUUAAUAACGACACUCGACUGGAUGUCAUUGUCAUUAAUCAUGACAACCACAAUGUAAGUAUAUUUCUCGGAUAUGGUAAUGGCUCUUUUGAGAAUCAAACGACAUAUUCUACCGGUGCUUAUCCGCGUGGUUUAGCUGUUAGUGACUUUAACAACGACACCCGACUGGAUAUCGUCGUCGCUAAUUAUGCUGACAGUACUAUAAGCGUACUUCUCGGCUAUGGCAAUGGUUCUUUUGCAAAUCAAGCGACAUAUUCUACCGGUGCUUAUCCGAGUGGUUUAGCUGUUAGUGACUUUAAUAACGACACCCUAUUGGACAUCGUCGUUACUAAUGCCAAUAGCAACACUGUAAGUGUACUUCUAGGAUAUGGUAACGGCUCUUUUGCAAAUCGAGUAGAAUAUUCAACUGGCACUGAUCCAGAAUUUGUAGCUGUUGGCGAUUUUAACAAUGACAACUAUUUAGAUAUCGUCGUCACUAAUUUUGACGACAACACUAUAAGUGUACUUCUCGGAUAUGGUGAUGGCUCUUUUGCAAUGCAAACGACAUAUUCAACUGGCGACGCGCCAAAUGGUUUAGCUGUCGGUGAUUUCAAUAACGACACCAGACUAGAUAUUGUUGUAAGUAAUUCUGGAAAUAAUACCGUAGGCGUAUUCCUCGGAUAUGGUAAUGGCUCUUUUGCCAGUCAGACGACAUAUUCAACUGGUGCCUAUCCAAUCGCCUUAGCUGUUAGCGAUUUUAACAACGAUGCUCGGUCGGAUAUCGUCGUCACUAAUUUUAAUGAUCACACUGUUAGUAUUCUGCUUCGUUAUGACAGAGGAGCUAUGAAAAACGAAAUUACAUUUACGCCCAGCACUGGCGCAAAUUUGAGAAGCGUUGUCGUUUCUGAUUUCAAUAACGAUAGUCUAUUGGAUAUCGUCGUUGCUAAUUAUGGUAGUAAUAACCUAGGUGUCAGUGUUGGAUAUGGAAAUGGUACUUUUGGAAACGAAAUGAUAUUCUCAACUGGAUUAAAAUCUCAUCCUUACUCAAUUGCAAUUAAUGACUUCAAUAAAGACGGUCAAAUGGAUAUUGCAGUGGCCAAUCAUGGUACUGAAAGUCUUAGUACAUUUCUGGGAAAAGGAAACGGAACAUUUGAAAGUCAAGCAAAUUAUAGUACUAGUUUCGAUUUUGCUCCAUUGACUGUUGGUGUUGGUGAUUUCAAUAGUGAUGGACAUUCGGAAAUUGUUGUUGCAUAUGAUGAUACAGAUAAUUUGGAUAUGUUUGUUAUAUAUGACAUCGGAGAUUUUUCUCAUCGAACGACAUAUUCAACUGACCCUUGGCCAACCUUUGUAGCUUUUGGUGAUUUUAAUAACGAUACUCGACUGGAUAUGGUUGUUACUACUGGGUACUACGGUAAUGUAGCUGUAUAUCUUGGAUAUGGUAAUGGCUCUUUUGCAAAUCAAAUGACAUAUUUAGUUGGCAAUUACCCAUACUCUAUAGCUGUUGGCGAUUUUAAUAACGACGACCGAUCAGAUAUCGUCGUCACUAAUUAUUUGGACAACACUGUAAGUGUACUUCUUGGAUAUGGCAAUGGCUCGUUUGCAACACAAAAGACAUUUUCAGCUGGCAAUUCCCCAUCCUAUGUAGCUGUUGGUGAUUUUAACAACGACAGCCGACUAGAUAUCGUCGUCGCUAAUACUGAUAGCGAUUCCAUAAGUUUACUUCUAGGGUAUGGCAAUGGCUCUUUCGCAAGUCAAGUGAAUUAUUCAACUGGCUCUCCGUCAUUCUCUGUAGCUGUUGGUGAUUUUAAUAACGACAUCCGACUGGAUAUCGUGGUCGCUAAUUUUGAUAGCAAAUCUAUAAGUAUACUUCUCGGAUAUAGCAAUGGUUCUUUUGCAAGACAAGUGAAAUUUUCCACUGGCACUGCACCAUUAUGUGUAGCUGUCAGUGAUGUUAACAACGACAGCUGGCUGGAUAUUGUCGUCAGUAAUCGUGAUGAUAACACUGUAAGUGUACUUCUCGGAUAUGGUAAUGGCUCGUUUGCAAGUCAGACGAUAUAUUCAACCGGUAAUAUGCCACUUUACGUAGCAGUUGGUGAUUUAAAUAAUGAUACUCGACUGGAUAUUGUUACCAAUAAUUAUCGUGACAACACUGUAAGUGUGCUUCUAGGAUAUGGCAAUGGCUUUUUUGCAAAUAAAAUGACAUAUUCAAUUGGCACUACCCCAUUCCGUUUAGCUCUUGUUGAUGUGAAUAAUGACGGCCGACUGGAUAUUGUCUCCCCUAAUCACAGCGGCGGAAGUGUAAGUGUACUGCUAGGAUAUGUCAAGCAAACUUUUGUAAAACAAACGACGCUCAUAACUGGCAAUGGGUCUCGACCAAUGUCAUUCGCCACUGGGCAUUUUAACAGUGGUAAUCAACUGGAUAUAGCAGUCGUGAAUUCGGGUGCUAAUACUAUGGGUAUUUUUUUGGGAUAUGGCAAUGGCUCAUUCGCAAAUCAAACGGUAUUUCCAACUGGCUCUACUCCAGUGUCUAUUGCUGUUGGUGAUUUCAACAAUGAUACCAUAUUGGAUAUCGUCGUUGCUAAUUCUGGCAAUGACACUGUUGGAAUAUUUCUUGGAUACGCUCUUAAACGAAGACUGGUUAGAAUUUGGCCUAUUCUUGGACCUAAUCGGUCUGUUCGAUUGUAUAAGAAGUUAGAUUAA